AUUGGAUGACCAAUAUUAUUGGUUCCAAUAGAUUGGGUGACCAAUAUUAUUGGAUCCGAAUAUUAUUGGAUACCCAAUAGUAUUGUACAAUAUCUCCAAUAACGAUUGGUAUUGGUACAUGCCUAAUUUCACCUGCAUAUUCAGAUCCUUCUUUUAUAUCAACUGCGUUUUGUAUAUCAUGUCCGUUACUUUCGCAUGCACGUAAACGAGAUUUCGAUACACCUAUUAUACGAUCACAUAUAUUCUUUCCUUUUUGGACUUCACUGUAGCUCCUGCACAGUAAUUCUGUACUCAACUAAACCCGAAAAUUUCGAUUAUGCCGAUGUACAGCAGCGCAAAGUAGUGUCACAACAAUUACCUAAUCAAAAAUGAUACGUUCAGCUUCAGCCGUUGAGUGCGAUGAAAAGUUACUGGCAUUACCCGUUCUUUUGUGUAGUUUCAUUGUACUGGAUGAUCGUCUUUGAAUUGCUUCAGGAUUAAUGCACCAGCACUAAGAGAACCCAGAACGGUUUGGUUCGCAUGAGUGAGGGUUACUAUAUACGAAGCUGUUCUAAAUGGAGUAGUUGUCGCAGUUGUUGUUGUUAUAACUGAAGAAUUGUCUUUUCAGACCAAUGAUCCCACUAAUAAGGACAUGCCGCGCUUUCCGAAAUAAUCCUUUUGUGGUUCACAAUAAUUCUGUGGUAAAAUUUUCUGGCUCCAAUCGAACGUCCUACAUCUACGAAAUAUCUGCUUCCGCUUACAUGUUUAAUAAGAAAAUGUAUUGUUAUUCACUUAUUACAAAACUAGAAAUAACUCGUGGAAAACCACGGACGCACAGAAUCCGUAUAUUUUGUAAAAAUUUUCUAUGUUACCAGUUUCUAUAAAGUCGAAAAUUGGCUAAUUAGUCUAAUUAGGAUAAUUAUCUAAUUGAAAUCUGACCUCGAAUUCGGAUUCUCUAUCCGCGGUUACCCUCUGGUCAAGUUUUUAAGUCGUUUGUGUUUUGGGUUUUACCUAAUACGUUGGCGCUGUUUAGUGUAUUGGGAGCGUUCCGGCCAGACAGACAGACGGACAGAUAUGUCUUGGCUAUUCUUAUAUGGGAUAUUGUUUAUGUGCUUUUAUCGCUUAAUUUCGAACAUGACUAAUCAGGUAUUGGUAGGUAUUUGUAGUAUUUGUGCGUGAACAAGUGGGUUUUUUGUCAGCAGUGCGUUAAAUAAGCCAUGAAGGAACAUAUGAUAGAAAUAGAAAAAGCAUCCAUCACUAGAAGAUGGGGAAUUUAGUAACGGUUUGAAACUGCGUAACAAUUCAAGGAAACACCACAACUAUUGUUUAUCUUUUAUCUUUCGUUUAUCUCCAUAUAUUCCGCUUAUUGUUCAGGUAUCACAAGUUCUCCACAGACAGUGUUUCCACACAGUCGUCGUAUGAUCUGCUAGUUCCACAUGAUCCAAAAAUGCUGACUACAUCGGAAUUUAGUCACAAAAGAACUGUGGAUGAGGUGUUCAAUCGUGGUAUAGAUUUACUAAUACAAAAACGGAGUGCCACUCCAGCUACGAAGACAUUUUCGGAUUACUUCGUCGAUCAAUGGAUAACAAAAUUACCCUAUUGGUACGAGGGUGCUGCGUUUGGUAAACCAUCCACGAAUAAUGGUUGUGAAUCGACGAAUGCCAUUAUAAAACAAAAAUAUACACUCCGUAAUAAGUUACAUCUAUCGGCGUUUCUACCAAAAAUAGAACAAAUGCUAACGGAUUGGUCAAAGGCAAGUAUUUCAUCACCAUUUGCUGCUGCUACAAGUAUAUCUCCUGAUACGGAGCUGCAUGCUUACAAAUGGUCAGUGACGGACAAAACACGUUGUGAACCAUCGGGUAAGAGAAAAGGUAAAGGUCGUACAGCUUUAUUGCUGUAA